GAAGUAAACGAUUAACAAGAGAUUGACAUUUGAACAAUGAUACUCGUGAAACAGCGUAUGUGCACACACGUUGGAAUCAUUUUCAAAACGACGUAAACAAAAGGAUUUAUAACAAACAAAAGAAGCUAGACAUACAUGAGUCGUGAUAAAAUGACGUUUUACGUUAUGUAACGUUUCAACGAAACUGUCGUUUAAAAUGUUACUGGCAAUUAAAUUUCUUAGGGUAGGUUCAUAUGGAAAUGUUACAUGUUGACAAAUAAGAUGAAUUCAAUAUGCAAUAAGUAUACGCUUGACAUAGUUGCUCUCAAAAGGCCUACGUAAGUUUUUGCGAUCUGAAAAAUAACAACUUUUACAAUGCAUGCUUUUCUAUAUAAAUCAGAGCUUUGGACAAGCUUACUGAAUCAAUUCCUAAGCCCAAAGGUGCAAUUCCAAAUUUUGGUCUACCAAAAUGGAAGGUGAUGCCACUGGAAUCGAAAAUUCCAAUGGUCCCUGGACCAGAAGGAGCUUACAAUUUUACUCGCCGCAAAAUUGGACAAGGAUUAUGGAUUCCAACAACGGAUGCAGAGUUCAACUUAAGCGAUCCAUACUGUUACGAAAUGAAAUUGGGCUAUGACUCUCUUCAUGACAAGCACUUAGUCCCUUUCUUCUCUAGACCAAAUAAUCUUCAACAUUUAAUUAAAGCUGGACUCAUUACCAAGGAUUUGGAUGCAAAAUGCUCUUUAAGAGAUUACAAUAUGUACAGAAAAUACUUGCGAAGGAUACAUUGUGACAGUAUAAAAAAGGAAUUAGCAAAGAGAACAAAACUGUCCAUUGAAGAUAGUGCUAUUCAAUAUGCACAGGAUCAAGCAAAGAAAGAAGAAAGAAAAUUAAAGGAAAGAGAAAAUUUAAUGGCACUGAGGAGGGCAAUUAUUAGAAGUCGUAAGAGGGCUGAAAGACUGAAACUCCAAAAACAGAAGGAAAAACAACAAAAAGCGGAAGAAAAAGUGCGAGCACUUAUUCAAAAGCAUAAGGAAGAUCAACGUCUACGACAAAUUAAAAGCGCAGCGCGAACCGAAUUCAUUAAACAAAAGCAACUAGCUGCUGCAGACAUCAGACGACGAAGAAUAAUUCAAACCUUUUUAGAAUGGAAUAGAAAAGAACGUAGACGUAGAAAAACUAGACAAAUGCGAUUAGCACAAGAGAAAGAAGACAAGCGUAAAAUAUUGGAACAGAAGUGGGUGGAGAAACAACAAUUUCAACAGCAACAAAUAGAAAAAGAACAAAUGUUACUAAAAUGUGUAGAAGAUCAACGUAAACAUUUUAUAAAAGCAUAUAAUGAAAAAGUGAAAAAGGAGGAGGAGAGAAUGAAAAGACUUUUGAAAGAUGUAAAAAUGUAUAUAAGAUGUUACUUAGCUAGACGUAGACCUGAAAAUAAAGAACGAAUUUGCUGCCCGAAAUCUAUUGCGGAUGAUGAUAUGCUUAGCAAAUCAUUUAAAAAGACAUCACCAAAAAUGCAAGACACAAAGAAAGGAAGAAUGAAAACGAUAGAAGAUUCAAGUCCGCAAGUAAGGACAUUAAUGUUAAGAAAAUCCAGUCCACAAACUGAGAGUAAAAAGCAAGAAAAGAGAUCAAAAAUGUCUAAAGCUCGUAAAGGUAGCAAAAAAAGAAAAGCAAAAAGAAGAAAGAAAAGAGAAAAAGUAGAAGAAGUUGAAGAAGAAGAAGAGAAACCUGAUAUAGAAACAAUACGCUCUGAAUCAACAUUAAGAACAGAAGUUACAGAUGCACAUCUUACUCCGGAACUUGAUGAAAGAUGCAGAUGUCAGAUAAUUAAAGACAUCAUGAAAACAAUUUAAACAUAAAAGUAAAUAAUCUAUUACAACUUUUCAAAACUUAAAUAAUAUUUCAA